AUUACCGAAAACUCCAAUAUUUUAAAUCUAGUAUCGUUUUACACAUAAACAAUAUCUUUUGUCCAUUAUCGCUCUCUCGCUCGUUGAAAAAUUAGAAAUCCUGAAAAAUUAGGGUUUUUUCUGCAAUGCUCUAAUCGCCGGCCCUCGGUUUUUUUCUCCUCAGCUCCUUGAUUUUCUAGUUAUUUGCCAAGCCAUGGCCUCUGGGAAGCUUAUUGUGAUUUGCCAGUCAGGUGGAAAGUUCACUGCGGCUAGUGAUGGUUCCUUGGCGUACACCGGAGGAGAUGCCCAUGCGAUUUGCGUAAAUCGUGGAUAUAAGUUUCAAGAAUUGAAGUCUGAGGUGGCAGAGAUGUGUAAUGUUGAUCCUAAUGCGUUCACCAUCAAAUACUUUCUCCCGGACAAUAUGCAGACUCUCAUUACUGUAUCUGGUGAUAAAGACAUACAGCGCUUAAUUGAUUUUCAUGAAGACCGUAGAACGGUGGAUGUUUUUGUCGUGAAAAAUGAAAGUUUGCAAUUGUCUCAAAAUCAACCCUCGGUCGCUCCUUAUUGUAGGUCCAGUGAUAAUACAUUAGAUGAACCUGUGACCCCUAUAUAUGUUGCUCCAGUUUCUUCAGCUCCUGCAGAUGUAGACCAUCUCAAUUAUGCGAUGACUGAUGUAGAUGAAUCUGGGCAGCAGAAACUUAUUAAAUCAUGGUCGAAAUGUAUAACUGGUCUGCACCAGCAGUUUAAUGAUGUUAAGGAGUUGCGUGAGGCUUUACGUAGGUAUUGCAUUGCUCUUGGAUUCAAAUGCAAAUUUAAGCACAAUGACAAUGCUCGUGUAAGUGCCAAAUGUAAAGCUGAAGGUUGCCCCUGGAGAUUUCAUGCAUCGAGGUUGUCUACGACUCAAUUAUUCCGAAUUAAGACAAUGAAUGAUACACAUACAUGUGGUGCUGGUACUGGCGUAGGGAAUGGUCUUAAGGCGUCAAGGAAAAUGGUAGCCACUAUUGCCAAGGAAAAGUUGCGUGAUUCACCAAAUUUCACACCUAAGGAAAUUGCCAAACAAAUUCAGCAGGAAUUUGGAAUCGAAUUACAAUAUUCACAAGCAUGGCGUGGGAUGGAGAGCGCUAGGCAGGAGCUUCAGGGUUCAUACAAAGACGCAUACAACCAACUGCCUUGGUUGUGUAAAAGAAUAUUAGAGACAAAUCCUGGUAGUGUUGCCACUCUUAUCACAAGGGAGGAGGACCAAAGUUUCCAAGGUCUUUUUGUUGCCUUACAUGCCUCAAUAUAUGGUUUUCAGAAUGGCUGCCGUCCCUUAAUUUUACUUGAUACUAUAACAUUGAAAACUAAGUAUCAUUCGGAACUGCUAACUGCAACUGCAUUGGAUGGAAAUGAUGGUGUUUUUCCUUUGGCUUAUGCUGUAGUAGAUACUGUAAAUGGCGAUAACUGGCAAUGGUUUUUGGAACAAUUGAAAUCUGCAAUUUCAGUUUCUCAACCAAUAACAUUUGUGGUAGACAGAGAGAUGGGCUUAAGACAUUUUAUUUCCAUGGUAUUCGAGGAUUCUUACCAAAGUUUUAGUCUUCCUCAUCUAUCGGAUGAGCUAAAGAUGGGUCUUAAGGGCCCACACACAGAAGAAGUUGCUCGUGCCAUUGUUGCUCACCUCUAUGAUGCUGCGUUGUCAACAACUACUGAUGGAUUUGGGAAAUCCAUGGAUUGCAUUAAAAGCAUCUCUCCUGAAGCUUUUGACUGGCUCAUGCAAAAUGAACCCCAACAUUGGGCAAACUCACUUUUCCGAGGUUCACGGUUUGACCAUGUUGCAUCCGAUGCUGGUCAGUCGUUCUAUAGCUGGCUUAAUGAGCACUCUGUUUUGCCUCCAGUGGUAAAGGUAAUUGACAUCAUUCGCCAAAAAUUAAUGGAGUUGAUUUACACCCGAAAGGUAGAUUCAGAUAAGUGGUUGACAAGAAUGACUCCAUCCUUAGAAGAGAAAUUGCAAAGAGAGAUUCAAAAAGCAGAGUCGCUUAAAAUUGCAAUGUCACCUGGCACCGGUUUUGAGGUACAGGACUUUCUAGGGGUUGUUAGUUAUGUUAACAUCGACACAUGGAGCUGUAGUUGCAUGGCAUGGCAAGUUCAUGGUUUCCCGUGUUCCCAUGGUGUGGCUGUCCUUCAACAUUGUGAUAGAAAUGUGUACGAUUACUGUUCCAGAUAUUAUGCAACCGAAUUAUAUCGGCUGGUGUAUUCAAAGCCUAUAAACCCUGUUCCGACAACAGAUAAGCCUCUUGGUACCUCCGAAAUCCAGGUACAUCCUCCUGCUCUUCGUCGUCACUCUGGCCCAACGAAGCAGAGGCGAAUGCGGUACAAAAAAGGAGUGAUUAAAAGACCACUACAUUGCAGCAAGUGCAAAGGAGCUGGUCAUAACAGAGCAACAUGCCAUGUGUACUCGUAAACCCCUCCUAUUUAUUAAACUGUGAAGGCUUUGUACAGUACCUGGGAAGAUCACCAUCUCUGGCAGGUGAAUUGGCUGGUUGAGAUAGGAUUAGUAGAAAGUUCAUAGUUCAAAUAAUAAUUAUUUUGGGCAUCAUUUAUAAUUGGUUUUAGUCUCUCUGAUCUGCUCAGAUUUUCAAGGUUUUACUUAGUCCCCAAUUAGGUUGUUUUAAGUUGUGACUCUCUUCUUCUUGAAAUGGUAGACAUGUUUCUUUAAAAGACUAUGGUUUUGUCGAUUUUCGUUUAAGUUUCGUCUGUUUCAGCGUUUUCUUUUCUUUGUAACAUAUGUGAGGUUUUCCGAUAAAAAGUCGAGAUUAGAAUUUCGAUCCAGUAAAUUCUGGGUUUGAUUUGGUUGUUCAUUUUAAUCAUUAAGAAGAGGCAGUCGAUUUUAUUUUUUCCUCCGAUGCAUCCGUUCAUUUUCGUAGAUUGCUAGAUCACAUUGUAUUCAAUACAUUCAUAUCUAGUGCGUAUUUUGAGUAAAUACCAUGUAGAAUCAAACUUUUUAUUGUAUACGGACAUAAAUUCUGCUAAAGAAUCAAUGAUUUAGUGAGAAAUUGUAUAAUAUAAAGUUAUAAACAUUCAAAUGACUUUUGGUAAUGAGUUAAACCAUCAAGUUGCAAGUACAAAAGAAGAAGAGUGCAGUACAUAAAAGGAGCUUAAAGAACAGGCUUGCAAUAAUAAGUACUGAAAAGCAAGUGCUUAAUCUAGUUAGUACUAGGUAGUACAUAGUGAGGUGGUGCAAGUAUAAUUUGAUAGUACAUGCAUGUACUAUAUAUAACAACCACCCUUCAGCCUUCUAAUUUGUAUAAAAUCCAAUAAACAUCAUAAUACCAAACACCCAUCAGAGAAAUCCCUUGCUUUUGUUAGUUUUUUCAGGAAAUUUUGUGUCUUUUUAGGAAAUUUUGCAGGGACGAACCGUUACCGUGAAGUUACGGUAAAUGAUGGAUUGAAUAGGGGAAGAAGGAGACAGAUAAAGACUGGGAACAGGCAGAGCAUGGAUGGAGCUACUAACAGACGUUAUCUGUUUUGGCUCUACCCAUGCACUGCCUCUUCCCUGGCUUCUUCCUAUUUUUUUUUUCUUUUCCUCCUGUAACUUAUAUUUAUUAUUGGUUCUAAUUGAAAUUCUAGAAUUUUUGCAGGUACGUCAUGCUGCUGAGAUGUAUUUUGAGGGGGCAGAGUUACAUUUUUCCCAUGGAGAUCAGCAACUUUUGGUUCAGUUUUAUUUUGUUAAAUGUUGAUCAAUGUUCAAUCGUUAUCUGGCAUUCUCUUUUAAUAAAGAUUUCUUUUUCUUUUUCA